AUGAUUCGACGUAAACGACAGGAGGAGGAGGAGGAGGAAAAAGGAGGAAAAAGAAAAGUUCUUCCAAACUCUUCGUUGUCGUUCACGUCGCGCUCAUCUUCUCAUCGUUUGGUCGGAGUCGUUCUUUUCUUCGCGUCGUUCGCCGUCGUCUGUUCGAAAAGCGUGCGAUUUUACUUUGAACAUUUCAACAACUCUUCUUUGUCUUUGUCUUUGUCUUUGUCUUCGUUACCACCCGGAAACCCGAUGAUCUUUUCAAAAGAAGAAGGAAAAGAAGAAGAAGAAGACGACGACGACGAAGAGGAGGAGGAUACAAAUAAUGUGUUCGGCGAUUUGCGCGAGAACGAUUUAGUAGAGACGCCUUUCAAGAGAUUGCGAAAAACAACAAAAACAACGAUAUCGAAAAGUAUUUUAACGAAGAUGAAAGACUUGCCGAUGAUGGAUAUAUUUAGUAGCAGCAGCAGUAGUAGUAGUAGUAAUAAUAAUAAUAAUAAUAAAAAGAAGCAAUACGAAACGUGCGCUUUAGUCGGCACGGCGGCUAUCGUGACGGACGCGCAGAGAGGCGGCGAGAUUGACGCGAACGACGCGGUGUUUCGGACGGACGACGCGCCGACGAAAAGGUACGAACAGUUUGUAGGGAGGAGAGCGACGUAUAGGAUUGUGAGCGGUGGUGGUGGUAGUAGGAGUAGCAGUAGUAGCAGUACGUCGUCGUUUUUUGAGGACAUUGUUUCGUCCGGGGAGGCGGUGAAAGAGAAAUCGAUUGUAACGAUUGGAACGACGAUGACCACCACCUCUUCUUCUUCGAUGGAAGGCGAAAGCGAGGACGAAAGUGCGGGGGGCAACGGCGACGAGGGCGAAGAUCGAAAAGUGAUGAAGAAAUAUACGUCGCCGUUUGCUAAAUAUCUGGUCGCUUUAGACGACGUCGCGAAGGAGAAAAUUCGAGAAGCUUUAUCCUUAACCGACGAAGAGAAUGAUGAGAACGACGACGACGGAGGAGAAGAAGGAAGAGGAGAUCAACUCACGCACGCGAUCGCUUUGGACGCUUCUUUCGCCGAUGCCAUCCGCGAAGCGUACACCACCGCCGGUGCGUUACUCAACGACCUGGGCGAAAACUUCAAAAUCCGCCAGACGCCACCAGUUGGCGCCUUUGCUCUCUUCUUCGCCCUCUCCAAAUGCAACCGCCUCACCUUAUACGGCGUCCCGUCUCCGGAUUCCAACCGGUUGGAAACGCAGCCGUAUUGGCCUCGAAAAACGAAAACCGAAAGUGGGGGGAAACCGACGAAAAUUGACAUCUUUGGCGAUCGAGUGUUGUACGCCUUGGUUCGUUUGUUCGCUUUAGAAGGUUUCGUAGACGUUGUCAACUAA